AUGGCUCCCAAGAAAAAGAAUAAAGUGAAUGUGAAAAAUAAGAAUGAAAAGAUAAAGGAAAAGAGUAAUAACUAUAUAUGGCUUCUAGUAGUAUCUGCAGCAGUAGUGCUACUCGCUGUUCUAUCUUUUCGACUGUAUAUAAAGCUGUCUACGGUACCAGAGUUACCAAAAGUGGACUUGAAUGUCUGGUGGGGGCCUAAUACUACUAACCCUGAUACAUCCAUCCGAAAAUAUAGAAUACUUUUCUCAGAUUCUAUGCAAGAGAACUUACGUAGAAAGUUCGAGACCUUCCGUCGAGCGACGAGACUAAAGAGUCUCGAAGAAACCGCGGCGUACGGCAUCAACUCCUAUGUUCUUGCCCAAAUUUUUGCACACUGGCAGUUUAAAUAUAAAUACACGGAGCGAGUUCGGUAUUUCAAUAGGUAUGAACACUUCAGAACGAAUAUACAAGGCUUGGAUGUGCAUUAUGUUCAUGUGAAACCGAACGUUGGUAAUAAUGUUAAGGUACUACCUUUGUUACUCCUGCAUGGAUUCCCGGGUUCUAUCAAAGAUUUCUAUGAAGUGAUUCCCAUACUGACUACACCUAGAGUAGGAUAUGACUUCGUUUUCGAAGUAAUUGUACCUAGUCUGCCUGGAUUUGCGUUCUCACAGGGCGCAGUUCGACCUGGUCUCACAGCUUACCAAAUGGCUAUAGUCCUCAGAAAUCUAAUGGAGCGAAUUGGUAUUAAACAAUUUUAUCUCCAAGCUGGCGACUAUGGCCAUAACAUUGGCUCACAUUUGGCCACAUUAUUCCCGAACCAAGUUCUUGGUUAUCACACGAAUAAUCCAAUCAAUUUAUCUGGUUCUGCGAGUGUGGUUUGGGUGGUUGGUUCCAUAUGGCCAACGUUGGUGGCCAAGGAAUUCGCGGAUAGGUUGUAUCCCCUGAGGGAGAAAUUGGCUUAUUAUUUGGAGGAGUUUGGGUUUAAACACAUACAAGGGACGAAACCGGAUACAUUGGGUGUCGCACUCCAAGACUCUCCUCUAGGCCUAGCAGCCUACAUAAUAGACAGAAUCCUGCUCUUCACCGAUCCAGCAAAUAAGUAUAAAGAAGAUGGCGGACUUCCAUCGUUCAAUUCAACAGACCUCAUUGAUAAUGUUAUGUUAUACUGGAGUACGGGAAGUAUUACAACAGCAUUGAGAUUCUUUAAAGAGAUGUAUUUGAAUAAUGAGAUGGAAGAUAAAUUGGCGAGAAUAUCAACAACAGUACCCACAUGGGGUCUUCGCGCUAAACAUGAACUAACUCACUCCCCCGAUUUUGUUCUUCGUUGGAAAUUCCCAAAUCUCGUUGGAACAACUAAUUUGGACGAUGGUGGACAUUAUUUAGCGUUUGAGAAACCAGAAGUAUUAAGUAACGAUGUUUUUAGAGCGGUGAAAAGAUUUUUGGAAUUGAAAAAAAAUAAAUAG